AUGAUCAAAAAUCUAUUGGAAUUUGGCACACGCCAUCUCGUGCGUGGAAUCUCACGUAAAUCCGAUUUGGUAGUGGAUAAAGCAUGUGGUGUGUGGAUAUGGACAGUUGAUGGGAGAAAGUAUAUGGAUUUAACUACAGGAAUUGGUGUUACCUCGACAGGUCAUAAUCAUCCAAAAGUUGUUAAAGCUGUGCAAGCUCAAGCGGCAAAUUUGAUUCAUGCACAAGUUAACAUCGUUCUCCAUAAACCGAUGCUUGAUCUCGUCACAAGAUUGAUUCCCGUGAUGCCAUCACGAGAACUUGAUUCGUUCUUUUUCACGAAUUCUGGCGCCGAAGCUGUCGAAAAUUCGAUCAAAUUGGCACGAACCGCGACGAAAAAACAGAAUAUUAUUGUGUUCACAGGAUCAUAUCAUGGUAGAACUAUUGGUACUAUGGCACUUACGACUUCGAAUACCAUUUAUAAAGCGGGGUUUGGCCCAUUAAUGACAGGCGUGCACGUUGCUCCAUAUCCAUAUUGUAUAAAAUGCCCAGUUCAUCGAUCGUCUCCAAAAACCUACUCCUCAACCAACUGCUGCUCUGAUCCAAUCACUCAGCUACAACUACUUCUAAAACAACAAACGGCACCACAAGAGACAGCCGCCGUAAUCGUAGAACCAAUAUUGGGUGAGGGUGGAUAUGUAGCUCCACCCGCGGAUUUUCUCGGUGAACUACGCAAAAUUUGCACGAAAAAUAAUAUCUUGUUGAUUGCUGAUGAAGUGCAAUGCGGGUUCGGUCGUACCGGGAAAAUGUUUGCUGUGGAACAUUAUAAUGUAGUGCCGGAUAUUUUGGUGAUGGCUAAAGGGAUUGCUAGUGGAUUUCCGUUGAGUGCUAUUGCUACGAGGAAAGAGCUGGCUGAUACACAGACUCCUGGGAGUAUGGGUGGAACUUAUGCCGGCAAUGCUGUAUCAUGCGCUGCAGCCAGUGCAACAUUAGACGUUUUCAAAGAAGAGAAAAUACUGGAAAAUCAUCUUAAUAAAAUUAGAUCAGCACAAAUUUUCGGUCUUUUGAAAACAACAAUCACUCCACUUUUCCAGUCAACCACAAUAUCUCUCGACAUUCGCGGUCUUGGUCUAAUGGUCGGAAUCGAAUUUCAAAACGCGCCACCAGGAUUCGCCGCCGCAAUCACAACGGAAGCUCUAGAAAAACAUGAUUUAAUCUUGUUAACUACCAGUAUUUAUGAAACAUUGCGUAUAAUUCCACCACUAAAUAUCACCAAAGAAGAGGUUGAAGAUGGUAUGCAGAGAUUGGAGAAAGCUGUGAAAUCUGUGGUUGAGAAGUGGCGAUCAGAGGGAAAAUUAUAG